CACCUAUUGCCCGCUCUUCUCUUAUUCUUAGAUUAUUCUUAUCCAAUUUUUGGGUACACUCUUUUCCCCUAUUCCUACUUCGCAUUCUGUUCAUUGGCGGUUCUUCCGAAUCUCGUCCGUCUGUGUCGCCCUCUCUCGGCUUUCCUGCCGGGCUUUAUCAUGGCUACAACCACCGAUAGUGCGCGCCCGUCCUUCAACACCGCGGAUGCCUCGGAGUCAGACCACCAGCUCUUACAGCACGAUGCGACCCUGGCUGUAGGCGAUUCGGUCACCCUGACUCUGGGGGCAGAUUCUCUGCUCGUUGUUGACAAACGUUCCGGCCGCAAAUCCGAGCGCGGAUGCUGCGUAGUUCGGAAGCACACAGGUACUACCAGGAUUUCCCACACUAUAUCCCUGUACAAUGUUCUGGACGCCGAUCUUUCGCCGGCCGGCUUGACAAUCACCUAUGCGGAGCCGAAGCACAAGGACGAGGUCUCGGUGGCCGCCCUCCAAUACCCUAUUCGCGAGGAGGAGAAAAGCGCCGCCGAAAUCUGGAUGAGGAGAUUGCUCGAUGUGGCCUAUGGCUCGGCCCAGCGGAAUAAGCGACUCAAGGUCCUGAUCAACCCGUUUGGCGGACAAGGGCACGCUGCCAAGCUGUAUUCGACAUAUGCGGCGCCCAUCCUUGCCUCGGCACGCUGUCAGAUCGACGUGCAGGAGACCACGCACCGCGGUCACGCAACCGAGAUUGUGCAACAACUCGACAUCCACGCCUACGAUGCGAUUGUCUGCUGCUCCGGCGAUGGACUGCCGUAUGAAGUCUUCAAUGGGUUGGCGAAAAAGCCCAACGCGCGGGAAGCGCUGGCGAAGGUGGCCGUGGCUCUGCUCCCUGGUGGAUCGGGCAACGCCAUGACCUGGAAUCUGUGUGGCACCGGCAGCAUCUCGGUGGCCGCGCUGGCGAUUGUGAAGGGCUUGCGGACACCGCUGGAUCUGGUGUCCAUCACCCAAGGGAACACUCGCACCCUCUCGUUCCUGUCGCAGUCUUUUGGAAUCAUUGCCGAGUCUGAUCUUGGGACUGAUGAUAUCCGUUGGAUGGGGGCUCAUCGCUUCACGUACGGGUUCCUAAAGCGACUUAUGCACAUGACGGUCUAUCCCUGCGACCUGGCGAUUAAGGUGGUGAUGGACGAUAAGCAGGCGAUCAAGAACCAUUAUAAUACCUAUGCGCAGAGCCAGCCCACUGGCCGUCCUAAAGAGCCCACUGCCGACCAGUCGGGUGGCUUGCCUGACCUCGUCUAUGGGACUGUGCAGGACGACUUACCGAAGGAUUGGGAGGUGAUCCCGGCCGAGACUCUCGGGAACUUCUAUGCCGGCAAUAUGGCCAUUAUGUCGAAAGAUACCAACUUCUUCCCUGCCUCGGUACCCAAUGACGGGCUAAUGGACAUUGUCACCAUCGAUGGAACUACGAGUCGACUGAGAACUCUCAAGAUGAUGACGGAGAUCCCUGAGGGAGGCUUCUUCGACAUGCCUGAAGUCAACAUCCGGAAGGCUUUGGCAUACCGACUUGUGCCCCGGGAGAAAGAGGGCUACAUCAGUGUGGACGGCGAGAGCGUGCCGUUCGAAGCCUUCCAAGGGGAGAUACACAAGGGACUCGGCACUGUGCUGUCAAAGUCUGGACACUUGUACGAGGCGGAGGGACCCAGGCCGUAGGGGGCUGGUCUAGUGGAUGGAAAGGGGUUUUCAGUUUUGUUUCAUUUUCGUUCCCGGUCGUGCACUCUGAUGAUACCCUGAGUUUUGAGUAAAGGCACUGGCUUGCUUUUUUGUUGCGGGUUGGAUGGAACCUGUCCUGACAAGAUACAUACAUAGUGUACACUACCUAGAAAAG